ACUACCCAUCCAUCGCCGCAGUCGUCGCCGGUCCGUCCGCUCGCGCACAUAAUACACACUUUUUAUUCUAAUACAUUACAAUUUUUUUAUAGAGACACACGACUAUUAUAAUACCCAGGCUAUGGAUUACCUCAAGUUGAGUUCCGGUGGCAGCAUGCCGAUGGUCGGCUAUGGUACAUGGCAGGCCGUAGACAAUGUUUUGGAAUCGGCCUUGAAUGAAGCUCUGGAGAGUGGGUACAGACACAUCGACACGGCCACGGCUUACCAGAACGAACACGUCAUAGGAAAAGUUUUGAACGAAUGGAUAACGUCCGGCAAAGUGACCAGAGACGAGUUGUUUAUCGUCACAAAGCUGCCACCUUUCAAGAAUCGGCCUGAGGACCUGGAGGGGUGUUUGAAAAAAUCACUUGAAGACUUGCAACUGGACUAUGUCGACAUGUACUUGGUGCACACUCCGUUCAGCGUUACAGAGGGAGAAACGUCCGCCUAUAGCGACAUGAAAAUUGAUCUAAGCACGGACCACUUGGCGAUUUGGGAGAUGAUGGAGAAACAGGUGACUUGCGGCCGAGCAAAGGCGAUCGGAUUGUCGAACUUCAACGUUCAACAGAUACAGAGGGUGCUGGACAACUGCAAGAUCAAGCCCGAUAACUUGCAAGUGGAAAAUCACCUGUACCUUCAACAACCCGAGCUCGUAGAAUUUUGCAAGAGCAACGGCAUCGCUGUAACCGCGUACUCAUGUUUGGGCGCGAAAGGCGGCCGGGAAGUCAUGGGGUUCAGCUGGACCAAAGAAUUGCCGGAAAUGUUGGAAAACGACGUGGUGUUGGGCAUUGCGAAGAAGCACGGCAAGACUGCUGCCCAAGUAUUGUUGCGGUUUAUUGUCCAGAAGGGCAUCGUGGUCAUACCAAAAAGUACAAACCCACAGCGAUUGGCAUUAAAUAUACAGAUUUUCAACUUUGAAUUGGACGAACAAGACAUGAAAGCCUUGAUUGGCCAGGACGCCGGAGAAGGAGGCCGUAUGAUGCGGCUUCAGUUCUUCUCUGGAAUCACGGACCAUCCAGAAUAUCCUUUCGAAAAGAGUGCUUGAGCUCGAAUGUAAUUCUACGACAAAUACGACAGCCCACUAUUACACGCGAAUGAACCAAAUUCAAAUGAUUUACAAAAUGGCAUUCGACAAAAUACAAUUAUUUCAAUAUUUAUUUUGCGCCUAUCCACCUCAUACAACUAUUGAGGUUCACGUCAAUCGAUUCGUAUUUAUAAACCUACCAGUCGCCUGUUCGAACACCGCUUGAGUCUCGUCGUCUAGGCGUUAAUUAUACGAAAUAAUCGAUCGUAUUAUAUACAUUCGUGUGCACGCGUGUAUCUAUAAAUAAUACCUAUGUUUAAACAAAAAACCGUAUUAUUAUAUACAAAUUAUUAUUAGAAUAAAUACAUUAUGUAUUAAGUUGAAUCGGUUGGAAAUAAUAAUAAUUAUUAGUUAUGAGUUAUUAAAACACGAGCACAUAUUGCAUUCAAUACAAAA